AUGACGUCCCGGGCGCAAGCGCAACAACCACUGCCGACGCCGCCGGUUCAGAAUCACCGGCGCCACCGCGCGGCCUCCUACUCGUCGUCGUCUUCCUCCUCCUCGUCCUUCUCCACGGUCUCCUCUGCUGCAUCCUCGCCGUCGCCCUCCCCGCGCACCACCUCCGUCCCCUUCUCCUGGGAGCACCACCCGGGCAUCCCCAAGAACCACACCUUCCUCCGCAGCGCCGCCAACCCUGCCGCCUCUCAGCCCACGCCGCUCCCGCUCCCGCCGCCACUCCGUGCACGGCCCUCUCGCCGCGGGGCUAACCGGACGGCCACAGGCUCUCCUGGCAUCGUCGACCCCUUCGCCGCCGCGCUGGCGGAGUGCACCAGGGAGCGCGCCAACGCCAUCGACAUCGACGCGCUGUUCCCUCCAACGCCAGAGUCGGUCGUCCGCAGCGCUCCCCGGCGGUGGUCCAUUACCGCCGGCGGGGUGGUCGGGUUGUUGGACCUGUACGGGUGCAAGAGCGCCAUGGGCGUCGCCGAGGGCGCCUUCGUCGUUCGCCGGCCAGUGGCGGUCGUCGGACGCGCGGGACAGGGCCGUACGGGCCGGCCCGGGAGAAGAUAA